AGCAGGCUCCGGUGCGCUCCUGCUCUCUCGCGUUUCACAGCGGGUGGAUAGAGAAGGUGCUCUCUGGUUACAGCGCGAUAUUGCUAGGAGACCAGCGUGCUCAGUGACCCGGUUCAGGCUCCGUCGAGGCUUGCGCUUUCACUUUAACGAGCCUGUCUUGAUCCGAGCUAACGCACAUUUGCCUACCUGCCAGGCGAGACUGAAGAUGUCUGGUCCCGGGAAUCGAGUGAUGCUGGUGCUCGGAGUGGCGGUGCUGCAUGCGGUAUCUGCUCUGACCGAUCCAUUAAUUAACUCAUCAGACCACAUCACCCUGCCAUUAGAUUUCCACGGGCCAUCAAUCACACUGCAGUGUAAUCUGACCACCUUCCAGUUUACCCAGCCUGAGAGCUACUGGAUGAAGAAUGGAGAAGAGAUCCAAGGGACACGGACAGACCUGAGGGCCAUUGAGUACACUAUCUCUAAACCAAGGGCAGAUGAUGCAGGGGAGUACAUGUGUGUGUACACAUUUGACAUGGGCUAUGCCAAUGCCACCAUUGAAGUAAAAGGUGCCCCAGACAUUGUAGGGCACAAACGCAGUGAAAAUAGGAAUGAGGGAGAACAGGCUGUCCUGUACUGCAAGUCCGUUGGCUACCCGCAUCCUAUUUGGUUCUGGCGCAAGUUAGAUGGCAGUGUGCCUUAUGAUAUUGACAACUCCACUGGCCGCUUUUUCAUCAGCAGCAAGGACAACUACACAGAGCUGUCAAUCAUUAACCUGGACAUUAAAUCUGAUCCUGGAGAAUAUGUGUGCAACGCCAGUAAUAUUGUUGGCUCCAAUAUCAUGACCUCGGUGCUUCGUGUGCGGAGUCGCCUGGCUCCCCUCUGGCCCUUCCUGGGCGUACUUGCUGAAAUCCUUAUUUUGAUCCUUGUCAUUGUUAUCUAUGAGAAACGCAAGAAGCCUGAUGAUUUUCAAGAUGAUGAUGAAUCAGCUGGGCCAAUGAAAACCAAUUCAACUAACAAUCACAAAGACAAAAACCUACGUCAGAGGAAUACAAAUUAAACCGACCACUAGUGCAAUGAAGAUAUUCAUAUCAUGACCAUAUGAACGUAACACAAAGGAGUUCAUUGUUUAAGAAAAUAUAUAUUGGUGUUAAGAAAGUAUUUGUGAGAUGAUAUAUACAUAUAUAUGACCACUUAAGGCAUGACUUAUGAAUGUGUUGGCAAGAGGAUGUCUAAUUAGAAACAUUACAAAUAACAAAUAAGUGUAAAUAUUAUGAACAUUUUAUUGCAUGAUUGUGUUACUUUGAAUAUUUAUCUUUUAUUCACAAUGCCUUUUCUUUUAAUGUAAAAAAAAAAAUAGAUAUGUAGUGCUUGCAAUAUAUAAAUCUUCUGUUUGAGAAGGAUAUUAGGUUUUUGUUUGUGUAUUUUAGAGUGACACCAUGUAGAUAAUAUUUAUAAUCCGGGCAAAUCUUUAACUUUGCAUUGUAAGCCAAUCUACCACCAUGUUUUUGGGUAUGACAGGUUUUGUACAGCUUAUAAUUUCACUGCAUACCUUUGGAAAAGUUGGCUUAUCAUUUUAACAGUUUAUUCAAGUCAUAGUCUUCAAUUAUGGAUAAGGGCUUUACAAUGUCCUGUGAUGUUUCAUUUUCACAUAGAUUGUACAUGAAUUUAUUUAUGUAUGUAUCAUGCCACUGGAGAUAACCAUAGAUAUAUGAAUGUCAUUCAUUCUGAUGCAAGUGUUCAGAUGAAUUAUGAAUUGGUAAUAUCAUUUUCUAAUGCUAAACCUUAUCUAUAUAUGACUAGGCUUUUUAAAUAUGCAUACUAUACAGCAUGGCUUUUAUCCUAUGCAAUAUUUGUUCAUAACUAUAUAAAUAAUAGAAUAAGCAUUCUUAUUUCUUAUUCUUACAUUCUAGUUUUAACUGUUGGCUUUUGGUUGCGUGUUAAAGCUUUAAUCUGAUAGCAAAGUGCACUGUUCAGACUAAGAAUGAGUUCUAGAAAUAUUUAGCUUCACACAGCACCAUUCUAUCUGCAUGAGCCCCCUGCCAGUGCAGAGGCCCAACUCCACAGACAGAAGGCCCAACCCCACAGACAGAAGAAACUCCAACAAAGUGGAUGGUCAUAAGGCACUUCCAUAUCAUUUUUAACAAUUAAACAUUCGAAUGUUAUAA